AUGGCUCCCGAACCAGUACCGGAGCCCAAGUUUCAGCCUCUUCAUGUUGUGCUAGCAGAGGCGUUUUCUGACGACUCUCCCAAGAUUCUUUGUGCUUUUCUCGAAAGUGAUGGCAGACCUUGCGGCGAUACUGUUGAAAAAACAGAUUUGCUUGGUGCUAAAUACUACGUUGAAAAGGUCUCUCAAUAUUUGACUAAUACCACCGAAACAUCUCCGCUUCUCGCUUUGUUGUUUCAGCUUUGCAAUUAUUGUUUAUGCGGCCAUCAUAUGAAGCACAAUGGCCAUCCCAAGUCUCAGUGGCUGCGUGAGCUUAAAACCAAGGCCUUGAGAGAUGAAUUCAUUUCACUGAUGAUGGCGAAUGAACGAUGGCCACCCCCACCCAGAGUGCUGGAAUUCAUAGCCAUCAAAACCGGCAAAAGUGUUGAAACAUGGCUCGAAACCCUCAAAAGAAUCGAAGAAGUGUUGAAGAAGGAGCUUAAAGGAAUCGACAAGAACUAUGUGUAUGUGCUGUCUUCCCCGGAAGCAGUGGGGAAGUUCAAGAUCGGUGUUUGCAAAGACCACCCAUUGGAGAAGCGGACGGACCAACAUCUCAAAUGUUAUCCCAGCUCCAAAAUAAUCAAACAUAUGGCAGUACCUCGGUAUGCUUACCGUGUGGAGCAGCUCAUGUUGGCGGAGUUCAAAGAAUACCACUUCCAGCUUGAAGCACCAUGCCAUGUGUACGAUCAUGGACGUCACAAAGAGUGGUUAAAUGUUGACGCGGACAUUCUGGUUGGGCGGAUUCGUGAAUGGCAAGACUUUUUCAUUGAUCGUCCUCAUAAGAUGAAACUUUAUGCCGAAGAUGGUAGUUUCAAUCGUGACGCAGGGCCGCUUAGUCCUCCUCAUCGAGACUCCGAGAGACCUACGGAUUCUACCCCCAUGAGGAAUGGUCACUGGCCGUCAUCGCGCUCCCCGACUCCAUGCAAUGACAGCCCUGACCCUUUUUCGACAAUCAAUGAAGAUACGGGGAAGGCCAGUGGAAAUCCGGUGGAAACGCCUGCCGUUUCUACUCCCACGAAGCCUCAUCGCCGCUCAUCAUCAUCACGCUCUUCUUGUCUUCCAAAUGACAACCCAGUCCCAUCUUCGAAAGAGAGUGGUGGCAUAGGGAAGGCCAUUAGGAAGUCACAAGAAACGAACAAAAACGACACUCCUACAAAGAAUCGUCGCACAUCGCGGCGCUUCCUAGCUCCGCCGGAUGAGAGCCCAAUUCGAUCAACGAAGAAGAAUGUUGACACGGAGAGUAUCAGUGACCAGUCAUCCCGACUACCUGAAAAAUCCACUCCUACAAAGCCUGAUAGUCGUCUAUUGCGCUUGGCGAGUUCGCCAAAGGAGAGUUCCGUGUCAGGUCUCAAAGUGGGCAAGAAAUCUAAGGACAAAAGUGGGAACUCAACAGAGUCAGACAUAAGUGAGAACUUGUCCAUGAUUAAGUUAACAAGUGGACGCCGGACGAGAAGUACCAGCGCGAUGUCACAAGAGGCUGCGGUUAAAUAG